UUCCUUCUUCCCCCCUCCCCAUUUCCUCUCGAUUUCUCCGGCGAUCACCGUGGUUGAGCUGCGGCGGGAGGAGGCGAUGAUUACCAUGGACCUGAUGAGCGGCUACGGGCGAGUGGACGAGCAGGUGGCCAUCCAGGAAGCCGCGGCGGCGGGGCUGAGGGGGAUGGAGCAUCUUAUUCUGCAGCUGUCCCAGACUGGGACGAGCGAGCGGUCGCCGGCGCCGGCGAGGGAGCGGGAGCAGGAGAAGAGCCAGCGGCAGCAGCAGCAGCAGCAGGUGGACUGCAGGGAGAUCACCGACAUGACGGUGUCCAAGUUCAAGAAGGUGAUCUCUAUGCUGAACCGCACCGGCCACGCGCGGUUCCGGCGGGGUCCGGUGGUGGCGCAGUCGUCGGGGCCGGCUGCGUCCGAUCCGGCGCCGGCGCGGUCGUCUCCUGCCGCGGUGUCGAGGCCCAUGACGCUCGACUUCACCAAGGCGGCUUCCGGGUACGGGAAGGACUCGGGAUUCAGCGUCUCCGGGCUCUCCGCCGCGAGCUCGUCGUUCCUCUCGUCGGUGACCGGCGACGGCAGCGUGUCGAACGGGCGCGGCGGCGGGUCCUCCUCCCUGAUGCUGCCCCCGCCGCCGGCGGCCAGCUGCGGGAAGCCACCGCUGUCGUCGGCCGGCGGCGGGCACAAGCGCAAGUGCCACGACCACGACCACGCCCACUCCGAGCACGUGGCCGGCGGCAAGUACGGCUCCACCGGCGGCCGCUGCCACUGCUCGAAGCGCCGGAAGCACCGGGUGAAGCGGACGAUCCGCGUGCCGGCGAUCAGCUCGAAGGUGGCCGACAUCCCCGCCGACGACUACUCGUGGCGCAAGUACGGCCAGAAGCCCAUCAAGGGCUCCCCCUUCCCACGGGGCUACUACAAGUGCAGCACGCUGCGGGGGUGCCCGGCGAGGAAGCACGUGGAGCGCGACCCCGCCGACCCCUCCAUGCUCAUCGUCACUUACGAGGGCGAGCACCGCCACACCCCCUCCGCCGCCGCCGCCGGCCAGGACCCCGCUCCUCCGCGGCCGGCGCCGGCGCCGGCGCCGGCGGCACAGCCGCUCGCCUGAGGACCCUUCCCCCGGUGGAGUCAAAAAAAGGGAAAAGGAGAAAUUAGCUUGUCGGUCAUUAUAAUUAAAUUACCGUUAGAAAUUAAUUUUCUCUUCUUUUUUUUUUACGUUUUUACUGCAUCAAUGUAGAACUAGUAGCAGCAGGCAGCACCUUGUGUAAAACAUUUUAGGAGAAUUGAGAUAAAAAAAAGGUGGUUCAUUUUCUUCGAUAAGAAAAAAGAGAAAAAAAAGAAAGGAAAAGGCGGGACUAUCGGUAGAGUAGAAAAAGGCGCGCCCGGAACUGGAGAUUUUGACCGCGCUUCGCAUGCAAAACAAAAAUAAAAAAUUCUUAUAAAAUCGGGUUCAGUCCCGCGGUUUGGGUUCCGAGGAGGUCAAAAGGUUGUGGGGCCCUCGUGUUGAACGUUGCCGCCCCUCCUCGUCGUGUCCUCGGGUGGGGCCCACGCGACA